AGAUGUAAGAAUCUUAGCAUUUUAAUGGUUUCAAUAAAUCUUCAUUGUAAAAUCAAAAUCCGCCAUCAGCAAAAUCGAGUAGCUUAGUUCACACUUGUUUUGCAUCUUCCUCUGCGCCGCCGUCACCGCCCGCCAUCGGCAGAAGCUCUCAUCUUCAGAGCAAAACAAUGGCCUCAUUUGUUUCUACCGAUUGUAUCCUCCCCAUUGGAUUUGUGCGUGGCCAAGAUGGUUCCUUUGCUACAACCAGCAUUUUACAUUUUCAUAAUUCUCCUAAAACCCUAAGCCCUCUCUCCUUUUCGCUCUCUCUGCGUGCUUCAGAAAUUAAGCCGAGCUUUGCUGUUCAGAGGAAGGGUGGAUCUUCUUUGACACAGACAAAUGCUGUGCGGAAUCUGACAGGUUCUGUUACCAGAACCCAAGGACUUCGUUUUGCUGUGGUUGUUGCACGAUUUAAUGAAAUCAUUACUAAGCAGCUCUUGGAGGGAGCUUUGGGUACUUUUAAGAAUUAUUCAGUUCAAGAUGAGGACAUUGAUGUUGUGUGGGUACCUGGUAGUUUUGAAAUUGGUGUAGUUGCUGCAAGACUAGGAAAAUCAGGCAAAUAUCAUGCAAUCUUAUGCAUAGGAGCUGUGAUACGGGGAGACACCACCCACUAUGAUGCAGUUGCUAAUUCAGCAGCAUCUGGAGUGCUUUCAGCCAGUCUAAACUCAGGUGUUCCGUGCAUAUUUGGUGUCCUAACAUGUGAUAACAUGGAUCAGGCUCUAAAUCGUGCUGGUGGCAAAUCUGGAAAUAAGGGUGCCGAGGCUGCAUUGACUGCAAUUGAGAUGGCAUCUUUGUUCGAGCACCAUCUGAAGUAGUCUGUGUUAUAACCAAUCUCUGAGAGCGUUUGUCGGAACGGCAUGUAAUUCCCAAUUUUCAAAUUUUCAUCUCCGGAUUGCUUUUGUUGUAGUUUCUAUAUGUUCUCAAACUAUUUAGAUUAUGUUUGGAUAUUCAAUGGCAAGUGGAAUGUAACAGGAUGCAAUGGAAGAAAAAUGAAUAAAAUAAAAUAAAAAUAUCAUUAUAAUGUUUAAAU